UUCGCUCAUUGGCUGCGGCGCGGGCGCUGCCAUGUUGGCGGAAGCGGACCUCUUGUGCCGUGGAAACGCGGUGGCUGCGGCCGCCGCGUCAGUCUGCGCAGCCUCCUGCGUUUUCUCGCUUGGAUCUUGGCACUGAGAGGCGGUGGCCGGCGGGAUGGAGAAAAGUAGGAUGAACCUACCCAAGGGGCCAGACACGCUCUGCUUCGACAAGGACGAGUUCAUGAAGGAAGAUUUCGAUGUCGAUCAUUUUGUGUCUGACUGUAGGAAGCGGGUCCAGCUGGAAGAACUGAGAGAUGAUCUGGAGCUCUACUAUAAACUUCUUAAAACAGCCAUGGUCGAACUCAUCAACAAGGAUUAUGCAGAUUUUGUCAACCUUUCAACAAACUUGGUUGGCAUGGACAAAGCCCUCAACCAACUUUCUGUGCCUUUGGGACAAUUACGAGAAGAGGUUCUGAGCCUUAGAUCAUCUGUCAGUGAAGGAAUUCGGGCAGUUGAUGAACGAAUGUGUAAACAAGAGGACAUUAGGAAAAAAAAGAUGUGUGUGUUGAGGCUUAUACAAGUUAUUCGGUCAGUUGAGAAAAUUGAAAAAAUCUUAAACUCUCAAAGUUCUAAAGAAACAUCUGCACUAGAAGCAAGCAGCCCACUUUUGACUGGACAGAUUUUGGAGAGAAUUGCUACAGAAUUUAACCAGUUACAAUUUCAUGCCGUUCAAAGCAAAGGCAUGCCUCUUUUGGACAAAGUAAGACCGCGCAUAGCUGGCAUUACAGCCAUGUUACAGCAGUCACUGGAAGGUCUCCUAUUAGAAGGCCUUCAGACUUCUGACGUCGAUAUCAUACGGCACUGCUUACGGACUUAUGCCACGAUUGACAAGACUCGGGAUGCGGAGGCCUUGGUUGGCCAAGUACUAGUGAAACCAUACAUAGACGAGGUGAUUAUAGAGCAGUUUGUUGAAUCUCAUCCCAAUGGCCUUCAGGUCAUGUAUAAUAAACUUCUGGAGUUUGUGCCUCACCAUUGCCGCCUUCUUCGAGAAGUUACAGGCGGAGCCAUCUCCAGACGGAGUUUUGCUCUUGUUACCCAGGCUGGAGUGCAAUGGCGUGAUCUCGACUCACUGCAACCUCCACCUCCUGGGUUCAAGCAAUUCUCCUGCCUCAGCCUCCCGAGUAGCUUGGACUACAGUGAAAAAGGCAAUACUGUUCCUGGAUAUGACUUUUUAGUGAAUUCUGUCUGGCCACAAAUCGUACAAGGAUUAGAAGAAAAGUUGCCCUCACUUUUUAAUCCUGGGAAUCCCGACGCAUUUCAUGAGAAAUAUACCAUAAGUAUGGAUUUUGUCAGAAGAUUUGAACGGCAAUGUGGAUCACAGGCCAGUGUAAAAAGAUUAAGAGCACAUCCUGCCUAUCAUAGCUUCAAUAAUAAGUGGAACUUGCCUGUUUAUUUUCAAAUAAGAUUUAGAGAAAUAGCUGGAUCCUUAGAAGCAGCACUUACAGAUGUCCUGGAAGAUGCCCCAGCCGAAAGUCCAUAUUGCCUUUUGGCUUCUCACAGAACAUGGAGCAGCCUUAGGAGGUGUUGGUCAGAUGAGAUGUUCUUGCCAUUGUUGGUGCAUCGCCUGUGGAGACUCACUCUGCAGAUUCUGGCACGAUACUCUGUGUUUGUCAAUGAGCUUUCACUCAAGCCCAUUUCUAAUGAAAGUCUCAAAGAGAUCAAAAAACCUUUGGUAACUGGUAGCAAAGAACCUACCAUUACCCCAGGAAACACUGAAGACCAAGGAAGUGGUCAGUCAGAAACAAAGCCUAUGGUUUGCAUUUCCCGCACUCAGCUCGUGUGUGUGGUUGCAGACCUGGACAAGCUUCAGGAGCAGCUUCCAGAACUCUUGGAAAUAAUCAAGCCAAAACUUGAAAUGAUUGGCUUUAAGAAUUUUUCUUCCAUCUCAGCAGCCCUGGAGGACUCCCAGAGCUCUCUGUCAGCCUGUGUGCCCUCCUUGAGUAGCAAGAUCAUCCAGGAUUUAAGUGACUCUUGCUUCAGUUUCCUAAAAAGCGCCCUGGAGGUUCCCAGGCUUUACCGAAGAACCAAUAAGGAGGUCCCAACCACAGCUUCCUCCUAUGUGGAUAGUGCUCUGAAGCCCUUAUUCCAGCUUCAGAGUGGACACAAGGAUAAGCUCAAACCAGCAAUAAUUCAGCAGUGGUUAGAAGGCGCCCUCAGUGAGAGCACUCAUAAGUACUAUGAAACCGUAUCAGAUGUACUGAACUCUGUGAAGAAAAUGGAAGAGAGCCUGAAAAGGCUGAAACAAGCCAGAAAGACCACUCCCGCCAACCCCGUUGGUCCCAGUGGCGGCAUGAGCGAUGAUGACAAAAUCAGGCUGCAGCUGGCCCUGGAUGUUGAAUACUUAGGAGAGCAGAUACAAAAGUUGGGACUGCAAACAAGCGACAUAAAAAGCUUCCCAGCUCUCACAGGGCUUGUUGCUGCUGCCAAGGACCAGGCAACAGCGGAGCAGCCUUAAGCAUCUUGGAAGAUCUGAGGUUAGAUUCUCAAGCAAGAGGAGAGUUGGGCCUCGAGGCUGAAGGGGAGAAAGUGACUCUGUUCUCUCAGCAACCGUCCGUAUAGAAGAAGAGCGUCCAGCAACAUGCCCAUGCAUCUUCUCUCAGCGUAUUUGGGUCUUCCUUUGCCCAAAAAGAACACAAAAGCCUUUUUCCAUUGUAUGGAAGAUAGUUUUUAAGACAUUUGAAUCUUUCUACUAUAGUUUACAGAACAAAUUAUUUUAUUUUUAUUGUAAAUCUUAGCGUGGAAGAGCUGAUUUCUAAAAUAUGAUUGCAGUAAAUAUAUAUGUAUGAAUAUAGAGCCGUCUCCCUGAGCCUGCAGUGGAGUGAUGUUCUGUGCAGAAGCGCCCUUCUCUGAAAUGAAGAGAACUCCUGGGCUUUGUAGAGCGGCCGAGGGAGGCCGUCCUCCACUCCCACUCAGUGUGAGAGCAGUGCUUCUGAUCCUGCUGUCACCCGAACCUCUGUCAGGAGCCAGAACCAGGAGGAAAGAUCUACUUCCUAAAUAAAAGAAGUGUCUCCCA